UAAUGUGCACCAGAUGACCAUUUGUGGAACUGGAGUCCGAACGAGGCUCUGACUUUGCCUCCUUUGUCUCUGCAGAAUGAACCCGGAACACUGUAAAGCCAUGAGGACUUUCUGAUGUUGUUGUUGUUGUUGUGCUUUAAGGAUAAACGGUCGGUGUGAAAUCCCGGGCCGGGGGCAGAGUGAUGUCCAUAGCGCCGGUGAGCUGGCGGGGUCUAUGGCGAAGCGCGCGCUCUCUCACCUCGCCCUGUGGGCCGCGGGCGCGCUCUCGGUGCUGCUGCUGUGCGCUCGCGCCGCAUGCCCUGAGCUCUGCGAGUGUCCGCGCGCGCAUCACGUCCUCUGCGCCAAUCGCGGACUGCGCGCCGUGCCCGAGAGCGACCCGUCCGUGCGCGUGCUCGGCCUCGCGGGCAACUUUAUCAGGAACGUGAGCGCGCUCGCUUUGGCGCGCUAUGGCCACGUGACACGACUCGACCUGCAGUUCAACCAGAUCCAGCACGUGCAUCCGAAAGCCUUCGAGAAACUCGUGGAGCUCGAGGAACUGUACCUGGGACACAACGUGAUCUCGGUGCUGCAGCCCGGGACUUUCGGACGCUUACGGAACCUCGCCGUGCUGUACGGGAACGAUAACGACAUCCUGGAGCUGAACGGAGAGAUGUUCGAGAAGCUGGAGAGUUUGGUCCGGUUACGGCUGGACAAGAACGGCAUCGAGGUCCUGAGCGAGUCCGUGUUUACACACUGCUCCGGUCUGAUGUUUCUGCACCUGGAGUCUAAUCGGCUCCGUCAGAUUCACCACAAAGCUUUUUCCAGUCUCACAAAACUCCAGUUUCUAAACCUCUCAGACAAUAAACAAACGCAGCUAUGCCACCGGUCCCUGUUCUCCCAGCUCAGGUCUUUACUCACUCUGCUGCUCUCCGGAAACCGAAUCACACACAUCGGCAGUCACGUGUUUCAGAACCUGAAAAAGCUCACCAAACUAUCGCUGAGUAACAACUGCAUUCUCAGGCUGGAGAACACCACGCUGAAGGGGCUCGCACGUCUCCGGGAGCUCGCAAUCGAUGGCAACGAUCUAACAGAGAUCCGGGCGGGUGUACUGGAGCCGCUCGUGCGCGUUGAACGACUCAACCUCAGUGACAACCGGCUCUCACGUAUCGAUCCCACAGCGUUCAGUCACCUCACCCGUCUCAAGGUGCUGGAUCUAAGCAACAACCGGCUCAGGAGGAUCUCCGGUGGUGCGUUUGCUUCAAAUGCAGCGCUCUUCCAGCUGGACCUGAGUGGUAAUGAAUGGAAAUGUGACUGCCAGAUGGAGAAGCUGAAAGAGUGGAUGGUGGAGGCACGGACCCGUGGAAAGCUACUCACAGUGCUCGUGCGAUGCCAUCAUCCGCCCACGCUCGAGGGGAAAUAUCUGGACCAUGUGAACGACACGGAGCUGUUUGCGGAACGAAACGGAAGCGACUUCUGCCAACCGGAUGACGAGGCAGAAGUGAUGGAGGAGCCGCAAGGUGUAACAGAGGAGAGGCUGAAGAGAGGAGGAGGAGAGAAAGAGGAGGACAUGGUGGCCCAGGAUGCUGAAGGAGCUCACAAGAACCCGACGAUGAACGGGAAGAAGGAAGUGAAGCUCAGACCAAGUGCUUCUGCGAAAGUAAGUUCCUCCUCAGCUCUUCUUGGAACACUGACAACCAAACUGUUCCCUUUAAUCGAGGAGAACAUCAGCAUGUGGGAGCUGAAUGAUGCACUGCAGAACCCUGGCAGUCAGAACCGUGUGGAUUCCGUGCCACAGAAACACGUGGAGCGUUACGCAGCCAGAAGUGUGGAGGUGGCAGACGCGUGCCAGUUCAACCGCCUGUACAUCGUGAACGUGAGCGUGCACAGUGUGACCUUCGACUCAACCACGGUGUCAUGGAGCACAGCUGCGGAAACACACACUGUCCAGGGCCAAACACUGAUGUUCCGCGUCUUGUUCGACCGCUUUGGCCAUUCCGUCCGUUUCCCACGCUAUGUUUACACUGAUGGCUCAGCUCGAGCGGUGAUGCUGCAGGAGCUCCGCCCAGACUCCACGUACAUCGCCUGUGUGGAAAGCGUAGUAGGUGGGGCUUUGUGCCAGGUGGCUCCACGAGAUCACUGUGUGGGUUUUGUCACAAUGUCACCGUCGGCGGAAAGCGACGUCAAGCUUCAGCACGUGACCGCAGCGAUGCUGGCAGCCAAUGUGCUUCUGAUCCUGUUGGCGGGCGGAGUCUGGCUGGGGCGCCUUCUAAGGAGGAGGAUCAAAACCCGCAAGUCGUCUGCCCACACUCAUGUGCGUCACAUGUACUCCACGCGGAGGCCCUUCCGGUCUGCCAUGGCGACUACAUGCGUCUCCUCCGAGUUCAGUGGGUAUCAGAGCGGCCGCCCGCUGGGUGAGGACCGAGAUCUUAUCCAGUUUCCAGUGGACCGGUUUUUUGACAGCAGCUGUACUCGCAGAGAUGAUGAUUCCGUAAUCCCAAGGUUAUCCGACUAAAGCUGAGCUUCUCACCUGCGUUGCCUAGUGCAGAUAUAAUGUGAAGGUGUGUGUGUGUGUGUGUGUGUGUGUGUAGUAAAUGGCCAAAUAUUUAUACAGGGCAAAUAUUUCUGCUUAUGUGCCUGUAUCCAUGUGUGCAAGCAUUAACGAGACAAUGAUAAAACAUGUUACUGUAAGAAUAAGGAAACAGUACACAACUUUGAACAGUAAAAUUAGCAGUAAAUAUUAUUGUGUCAGACGUCACUGAGGCUGUUACACCCUGCGAGUGUGGAAGAGCAGAAAGAGCAACUAGUUGACAUGUAUACAGAUUCUUUCAGCUGUUUCUUUCCUUCAUGAAUCUGUUUCAUAUAAUAGUCAUGUUGGUCUAUAGUGUAUUACGGAUGUAAAUGAAAUUUCUUGAACCUGUAUCUCAGUGACUUGGUUCCAGGAAAAGAGACGCUUUGCUCAUGAAGUACUGAAUGUCACUAAUCACACCUUCAUGUUUUAAAAUAAACAGGAGGAGAUAUACCAACA